AUGACAGUUCAAGGAAAAUUUACGAGAGGAGUUUCUUGCACUUAUAUUGCAACUGCAUUAUAUGGAUUAGUGUUUGGUUAUCAUCUGGGUAUAUCAGGUGGCAUGAGUUCUAUGGAUUUUUUUCUAAAGAAAUUCUUGUAUGAAGUGUAUGAACAAGAGAAGAACAUAAAAUCCUCGUAUUGCAAAUUUGACAGCCAAAUAUUGACAUUAUACACGUCAUCUCUAUAUUUGGCUGCUUUGAUUGCAUCAGUAUUUGCAUCCUUUCUGAAUCGGCUUUUUGGGAGACGCGGUACCAUUGUAAUAGGGAUUGCAUUUAUUUUCGUAAGUGCAUUUUUUCGUGUAUACUUAUUGGGUUCCAGUGCAAAACAUGUUUGGGUGCUAAUUCUCAGCCGCAUCUUAUUUGGUUUAGGAAUUGGAUGUACUCAUCAGUCUCUAUCAAUGUAUAUAUCUGAGGUUGCUCCAGGUCAACAUAGAAGAGUUCUUGAUAUGAUGUUACAAUUGGCAAUUGCUACUGGGAUCUUUGUUGCCAAUGUCUUCAACUACAUUUCUGCGAAGAUGGAGAAUGGAGAAGGAUUGUGUAAUAGCGUACGCUUUGAAAUUUGUUCUAUCUUUUGUUAUUCACUGUUCGCAUUUAUGCUUCAUGAAUCACCAUAUUCUUGGAUUGAACGUGGUUUUCAUGAGAUAGCUAAGAAGGAACUUAUUGGGAUUCGAGAAACUACAGAUGUGGAGGAGGAGUUCAAGGAUCUUAUGGCAGCAAAUGAAUGCUCUAAAGCUAUGAAAGAUCCUUGGAUUUCUUUAUUAAAGAGACAAUAUAGACCCCAACUCACAUUUUCCAUAAUCAUUCCCUUGUUUCAGCAACUCACCGGCAUAAAUGUGAUUAUAUUUUAUGCUCCUAUUUUAUUGAAGUCCAUUGGUUUUGGAGCCAAUGCUUCAUUCCUGUAUGCCAUGAUCAUUGGAGGCUGCAACGCAAUUGCCACUCUUGUCUCCAUAUUCAUCGUUAACAAGUUCAGUAGACGAACUCUUUUCUUAAAAGGAGGAAUACAAAUGUUUAUUUGUCAGAUCGUGAUAACCGUAGCAAUUGCAUGUAAAUUUGGACUUGAUGGAAACAUAGGAAUGUUGCCAAAGUGGUAUACUAUUGUGGUUGUGUGUGGCAUAUGUGUGUACGUGGCAGGAUUUGCUUGGUCUUGGGGUCCUCUAGGAUGGUUGGUUCCAAGUGAGAUUUUUUCACUUGAAGUGCGUUCAGCUGCACAAAGUAUCAAUGUCUCUCUGAACAUGAUGUUCACCUUUGUCAUUGCACAAAUUUUCACCACCAUGCUUUGUCACAUGAAGUUUGGAUUGUUUAUUUUCUUUGCAUGCAUGCUCAUUAUGAUGAACAUAUUUAUUUACAAGCUUCUACUAGAGACCAAGGGCGUUUCUAUUGAAGAAAUGCAUGUUAUGUGGCAGAAUCAUCCUUAUUGGAAGAAGUUUGUUAAACCAAUUGAUGUCACUGUUAGUGAUGAGUGUUAA